AGAGAUAAACUACUCUCCCGGCUCUCCUUCUCCGGCUCACCGCGCACUCUCGCUCUCUCUCGGUGUCUCUCAAGGAGUGCUCGCUCUUCUCCUUCUCUGGCCCCUAAAGACGAGGGAAGGAGAAUGUGGAGCUACUGAUUGCAGAUAUACUUAGUGGUUCAGCAGACUACAUCCAUCAUGACCCCUAUAAUACAUUGUUCUGCAGGCAAUAUCAGUGUGCUUCCUAGGACCACGGUUGUUCCUUGGAAAGAGAUUCAACUGUCAAGAUGUUGUCUUACUGGAAAGCACACAAGGGUUGCAUCCCUCUCUCGUAGGUGCCUCCUGCCCCAAUCAUCUUUACAGCUAUUUCGGAUUUAUGGAAAAAGCUAUCACUUGAAGCAAGGAUCAAGAAACCAUAUUUUUGCGGCUGUUGGAACCAAUGUAACUGUUGAGGACUCUAAUUCCUCUGCACCAGAAGAGGCUGAGGAAGUCACAGAAACUCCUGCAGUCUCUGUUGGACCGAAUGAUCCUGCUCAAGGAAGUGCUGUUGCUACCUCUAAGGUGAGAGACAAGAGAACGAGACCUGCAAGAAAGAGUGAAAUGCCACCUGUAAAGACUGAAGAGCUAGUUCCUGGUGCUUCUUUUGUGGGGAAAGUGAGGUCAAUUCAGCCAUUUGGUGCUUUUAUUGACUUUGGCGCUUUUACGGAUGGCCUUGUUCAUGUUUCUAGGAUGAGCGAAGGAUAUGUCAAGGAUGUUGGGUCCAUUGUUUCCGUUGGGCAAGAGGUAAAAGUUAGGAUAGUGGAAGUAAACAUGGAAAAUGGACGGAUAGCUCUCACCAUGCGUGAUGGCAGUGAUACCAAUAAAUCACAGCAGAGAAAGGAGGCCUCUACUAGUGGAAGUGAUGAUAAACCAAAACCAAACAAGAGAAAUGCUUCAAGGACUGAUCAGAGGAGGGCUGACAUCCAGAAGACCUCCAAGUUUGUCAAGGGACAGGUUCUAGAUGGGACUGUGAAAAAUCAAACAAGGUCAGGAGCAUUUAUAUCACUGCCAGAGAGUGAGGAAGGUUUCCUUCCUAUCUCUGAGGAAUCUGAAGGAUUUGACAGUAUUUUGGGGAACACAUCUCUGCAGGUUGGUCAAGAAGUCAGUGUACGGGUCUUACGCAUUUCAAGAGGAAAGGUAACUUUAACAAUGAAGAAAGAACAAGAUGUGGAAUUGUUGAAUGAACAACUUAAUCUGGGAGUGGAGGAUGUUGUAGCAACCAAUCCUUUUCAGGUGGCUUUCCGCAAGAACAAGGAGAUUGCUGCAUUUUUGGAUGAGCGUGAGAAAACUCAAAAAGCUUCAGAGAUCUCAAAACAGAUAGGAGGGUCAAUAGAUGAAGUCAAGGGAAAAGCCUGACAAAGUCGAGGUGGAGAACUCUGUGAA